AUGUUGAAGCUUUUCGUGGCCGACGCCUUGGUCGAGCUCAGAGGCUUCGCACCCUUCCUGCGGAGCUGGUCGGACAUGUUGGACGAGGGCGACGGCCUGGAGGCCGCGGCGGCGGCGAGCUGCGAGGUGCUGCUUGCCCUUAUGGCGCAGGUCCAACGCCUGGACAACAAGGAGGCCUUGGCGCUGGCGCUCUUUGUCGAGGGCUUCGUGGGCAAGACGCUGCCUUCGGGGGCCACCUCCGGGGGCUUCGCGCUCUAUGGCGGCGCAUUCGCGCGGCGCGUCACGCUGCAGCUCUUGCGCUGGGCGCCGGCGGCAUCGCUGGGUCCGCAGCUGGUGGGGAAGCUGUGGCCGGCGGUGCAUGCCAAGCUGAAGCGGGAUGCCGGGCUGCAGCUGGAGCGGGAGAUCGGGGGCAAGCUGAAGAUGGUGUGGUACAAGUUGAAGCCUUCCUCUUCUCUGAAGAAGGGCCUCGGCGCCUUUCACCCGGAGGAGCUCAUUGCAGCGGUCCUGCAGUUCCUGGUGACCCACCUCCAGGUGAGCUGCGAAAGGAAAAGCCACGAGUUGGGCGAGGGGUUGGGGCCCCGGCACCCCGCGGAGGAAUGGGUUCAGGAGGUCUUGGACCGACCCUUCGGCUGGGGGGUGCUGGUGCCGCUCUUGGUGGCGCCCUUGCCAGCGGCCCAGGAGGCCACUGACAUAGGAUACGCUGAGCGCAAGAUGGAGGUGUAG